AUGUUAGUUUGUAGCAAGGAAGGUGUGAAGGGGACUGACAAACAGGAUGUAUUUAGAAAGACUCCUCAGGCUGAAACACGAACCAAUUGCGGUGCACAAAUGGUUCUUAGAUAUGACAAGACUAAGGCAAAGUAUGUAGUUUCUAAAUUUGUUGAAACUUACAACCAUCAAUUUAUAAUUGCUGAAUGUAUCCACAUGAUGCCGUCCCAGCAACGAAUUUCCUCAGUUCAGGCCAUUGAUGUUGAGUUGGCUUUGGAUUUAGGAGUUAUGGCUUGUAAUGCGUAUGAGUUGAUGGGAAGGCAAGCUGAUGGCAAAGAAUCAAUUGGGUACCUGAAAGUGGAUCUUAAAAAUUAUCUAAGGACCCGAAGACAAAAAAAGCUUCUUUAUGGAAAGGCGGGAUGGCUUGCGGAUUAUUUUUAG